AAGCGUCCGAAGGACUCCAAGUUACUCCAAACCUUCAUGGGUGCCAAUUAUACAGCCUUUGGGUUGAAGCCUCCCUGCUCGCCAUUGACCCUGUUAGCCAGCUUUAAUGUCAACUCCUUGGCUCCAAAGUGGAGGGAAUUACCCCACUUUUAGUCUCCAAUGAGGAAAAAAGAGGAGCAACACAGCAAAAUGCAGAGCUUGACUCUUUUUCAACCCAUGUGCUCUUUCCAGUGUCUGACUUCUCCUGCUUUCUGGUGAAACACAGGGUCAGGACUGUGUGGAUAAAACCCUGAGGGUUUUGACAUUUCAGCUUUUCUGCCCUUUUUUGUUGUUGUUUUUUUUUUUUUUUCAUCUCUUGCUCCUCUUCUGGCCUCAGUGCUUUUUGGAGGCGGCCCAGAUGAUGGGGUGGUGUAGCUCAGGCAUAUGCAGAGCCCUGGCUCUCCUGGCACUCCUGCUCCCCUUGCGGCACAUGGGCUGCUGGGGGCUGAAUCCCAGCUCUGGGGACCUGGAGAAGUCCCCACGCUCUGAUCCAGACCCCUGGGAGGUCCUGCACAGGCACAAACGCAGCUGGGUGUGGAACCAGUUCUUCGUAUUGGAGGAGUUCACAGGGAAUGAACCACUCUACGUUGGCAAGCUACACUCAGAUGUGGACAAAGGAGACAGCAAAGUGAAGUACGUGUUAUCUGGCGAGGGUGCCGCCUCCAUCUUCACCAUCGAUGAAAACACGGGCGACAUCCAUGCCACAAAGCGGCUGGAUCGUGAGGCGCAGGCCUACUACACCCUCCAAGCUCAAGCUGUAGAUCGACUCACUAAUUUACCCGUGGAACCGAAGUCUGAAUUCGUGGUCAAAGUCCAGGACAUCAACGACAACGAGCCGAAGUUUCUUGAUGGACCGUACUUGGCAGGAGUACCUGAGAUGUCACCCUUAGGAACCAUGGUGGUGCAAGUGGCAGCCACAGAUGCAGAUGACCCGACGUACGGGAACAGUGCCAGGGUGGUGUACAGCAUCGUUCACGGACAGCCGUACUUCUCGGUGGAGCCCAAAACAGGGGUCAUCAGAACAGCUCUGUCUAACAUGGACCGGGAAACGAGGGACCAGUACGUGCUCGUCAUCCAGGCCAAAGACAUGGUCGGCCAGAUGGGAGGCCUCUCCGGCACCACCUCUGUCACCGUCACGCUCACGGACGUCAACGACAACCCGCCUCGGUUCACUCACAAGAGCUAUCAGUACUCGGUGGCGGAGUCACUGCCGGUGCAAUCUGUGGUGGCGAGAAUCAAGGCGGUGGAUGCAGACAUAGGCCCCAACUCGGAGAUGGACUACCGGAUCAUGGACGGAGACGGGCCCGGCACGUUCAACAUAACAACAGAUGAUGACACGCAGGAGGGGGUGAUCGUCCUGCUAAAGCCUCUAGACUAUGAAACAAAGAGCAGCUUCUCUUUGAGAGUCGAAGCCACAAACAGGAAUAUUGACUCCAACUUCUUGACCUUGGGCCCGUUCAGCGACACGACAUCCGUCAAAGUGACGGUGGAUGACGUGAACGAGCCGCCCGUCUUUUCCUCGCCGCUCAGCAAGAUGGUGAUUUCGGAGGACGCCAAAGUGGGCACCUCAAUCGGGAGGGUCUCCGCCCACGAUCCAGACACAUCGAACAGCGCCAUCAGGUACUCCAUCGACAGGAACACGGACUUGGAGCGCUUCUUUAACGUGGACGCUCUGAGUGGGAUCAUCAGCACAGCCAAGCCUCUGGACCGGGAGGCCAACUCGGUCCAUAACCUCACCAUCUUCGCCAUUGAGAGCCAGGACCCGACCCAAAUCGGAAAAGGCAUCACUCUCAUCACAGUCAUGGACAUAAAUGAUAACGCGCCGGUCUUUGCCAUAGACUAUGAAACUCUCCUCUGUGAAAACGCGAUGCCAGGACAGGUGAUCCAGACCAUCAGUGCGGUGGAUAAGGACGAACCUCUGAGCGGACACCGCUUCUACUUCGCCCUCGCUGCACCUGUUGCUGGAAACCUCAACUUCACUCUGCGAGAUAACAAAGACAACACAGCGUCCAUACUGACGAAGCGAGGGGGUUUCAGGAGACGGGAGCAGCCCGUCUAUCGGCUGCCCGUGUUGAUCGUGGACAGCGGGAGCCCCGCCCUCAGCAGCACCAACACGCUCUCCGUGCGGGUGUGCGACUGCGACUCUGACGGCGUGGCCCUGUCUUGUGGAGCUGUGGCGUACACAGCGACUGGCCUGAGCACCGGCGCCCUCCUGGCUAUUUUGGGCUGCAUCAUCACACUGCUGGGUAAGAUCCAUAUGACCUCAGUGUCCAUGUAA